AUGUCACACACUCAUCCUGUUCAGGUUGGAACAUUAAAAAAAGGAGGUUAUGUAGUCAUUCAAGGAAGAGCUUGUAAAAUUGACGAUUUCAGUACCAGUAAGCCUGGUAAGCACGGAAGUGCCAAAAUGCAUCUCGUUGGCAUUGACUUGUUUACUGGAAAGAAAUAUGAAGUCGUUGCUCCAACCAGUGCCAAUAUUGACGCGCCCUAUGUUGCUAAAAAGGAAUACCCAUUGAUGGAUGUGAGUGAGGAUGGUUAUUUGACUGUAUUGACCGAUACUGGUGAUGAGAGAUGUGACAUUCAAGUGCAAAACUCUGAAUUGUUGAAUCGAAUUAAGAGUGCAUUUGGAGAGGAUCAGGAGGUGAGAAUAAUGACUAUUUCUGCCAUGGGUAUGGAACAGGUGGUGGAUAUGAAGGUGGAAUAG